AUGGACGAGAGCAUGGGUGGUACUCUAGAGUAUCGCAGGGACAAUAAACGUCAUGCCAAGGCAUGGUCAUUGGUUAUUGCGCUUAUGAUGGUGUGUAGCACCCUGAUCCUGUACAAAUUCUUUAGUAUUCAAUGUGAUGAUUAUAUGUCUUCGAUAAGGAUGUCCUUCAGCGAUAAGUCUGCUCAAAAACAUGAUGGUGAUGAGAUUGAUACCGGUAACGCAUGGAGACUGGAUACAGCUAGUAAUUAUAGUAUAGAUCUGGAUUACUGGUUGAAGCAGGAAGAGCCAAUGGAGAGGCACUACUAUUUUAACGUCUCUACUGUACAAGAAGUCCAUCCUGAUGGUGUCUCAAGGACAUUAACUGUAAUAAAUGGCCAGUACCCAGGUCCAUUGGUGGAAGCCUCUUCUGGUGAUACUGUUGUUAUUCAUGUGGAAAAUCACAUGGAUGGCGAUCCUCUGACUAUCCAUUGUCAUGGGCUGCUGAUGAAGGAUCAAGCUUUCAACGAUGGUUCGUCAUGGAUUAACCAAUGUCCGAUUCCUGCUGCUGGCUCGUAUGAAUACAGGAUUAAACUCGAUGAUGAUCAGUAUGGUACUUAUUGGUACCAUUCUCAUUACUCUACUCAAUAUGCGGACGGUGUAUUUGGACCUUUGGUGAUCCAUUCUAAGAAGGAGUAUGAGGAUCUUGAUUUUUCAUACGAUAAAGAGUUAGUUGUCAUGGUAAAUGAUUACUACCACGACACUUCCUAUAGCUACAUGUCAACUUAUAUGGGGUCUGGUAAUGAAAAUACUGAACCAGUCCCUGAUAAUGGAUUGAUUCAAGGUCAAAAUCAUUUUGAAUACGUCGAUUCACAAUAUUUAGUACCUCACGGUGCCGAAAAGAAAAGGUUUGCUCAUGAGGUUCCACAUACAGUCUUAGAUCUGGAUCCCAAUUCCAUUUAUCGAGUUCGUGUAAUUAAUGCAGGUUUUUUCUUACCAUUUGAAUUCGGAUUGGAGGGGCAUAUGUUAAAAGUGAUAGAAGCGGAUGGUACUUUAGUGGAACCAAUUCAAGUGGAAUCGUUAACUUUGUCAGUGGCUCAACGUUAUUCGUUUGUUCUACUUCCCCAAGAUCCCGAUUUUAACAAAAAGAAUUAUUGGAUGCAUGCACAUUUCAAUCAAUUUUGUACAAAGGAGGAAAAUCCAAAUUUCAAUAUGGACGUCAAGGCCAUCGUUAAUUAUAACGAUAAUUCGAACUCUGUGGAAAAAACUUCAUGGACGUACAAUGGCGGUGAUGUACUCUGCAGAGAUUUUGAUCAAUCAAAAUUGAAGACUCUUAACAAAAAAGUACCGUCUGCGCAUAGCGAUUCCAAUUUACCGGAUGUACGUGUGGAUAUCGAUAUUCUAUGGAUGAUUGGUGCAUACCAAAUGGCUCGUGGAUACCUAAACGAUAAAACUUACCUGCCGUUGCAAAACGGAUCUACUAUGUACCAAUUAGGGUUCGCACCGGGUGCUAAUACUGUUAAGGAUUGGAAUGAUAAUCAAUUGCUAACAUUUUCUGAUAAUCAGUAUAUGAUUAAUUUAAACCAAAGAGGUCAAGUGGUAGAUUUGGUAAUCAACAAUUAUGACGACGGAGCUCAUCCGUUCCACCUGCACGGUCACAAAUUUUGGGUGCUGGCCAUCGGUGACAGCGGGUAUUUUCAAGAUGAAUAUUACGAUACCAAUGAUGACGAACAAGCUAUGAAUUUUGACAACCCUAUAUUUAGAGAUACCGUUAACAUUCCAGGAUUUGGUUGGGCGGUAAUUAGGUUUGUUGUAGAUAAUCCUGGUGUUUGGCCCUUCCAUUGUCAUAUCGGUUGGCAUAUGGAAGCUGGUCUUUUGCUUCAAAUCAAUGCACUGCAAGAAGAGUAUGCCAGUUGGAAUCAUUAUCCCCAAAACUGGUACUCCCAGUGUCAAUACUGGCAGGAUAAAUUGUAA